AUGUCUAUCCCAACUACUCAAAAAGCUGUUGUGUUUGAAACCAAUGGUGGUAAAUUAGAAUACAAAGAUAUUCCAGUUCCUGUGCCAAAACCAAAUGAAUUAUUAAUUAAUGUCAAAUAUUCCGGAGUUUGUCAUUCUGAUAUUCAUCUUUGGAAAGGUGAUUGGUUACCACCUGCAAAAUUACCAUUAGUUGGUGGUCAUGAAGGUGCAGGUGUAGUUGUUGCAAUGGGUGAAAAUGUCAAAGGUUGGAAAAUUGGUGAUUAUGCAGGUAUAAAAUGGUUAAAUGGAUCAUGUAUGAAUUGUGAAUUUUGUCAACAAGGUGCUGAACCAAAUUGUGCUGAAGCUGAUUUAUCAGGAUAUAUGCAUGAUGGUUCUUUUCAACAAUAUGCUACUGCUGAUGCUGUUCAAGCUGCUAGAUUUCCAGCAGGUUCUGAUUUAGCUAGCAUUGCUCCAAUCUCAUGUGCAGGUGUCACCGUUUAUAAAGCUUUAAAAACUGCUGGAUUAGAACCAGGUCAAUGGGUUGCUAUUUCUGGUGCUGCUGGUGGUUUGGGAUCAUUAGGUAUUCAAUAUGCUAAAGCCAUGGGUUAUAGAGUAUUGGCCAUUGAUACUGGAGAUGAUAAAGGUGAAUUUGUUAAAUCAUUAGGUGCUGAAGUUUAUAUUGAUUACAUGAAAGAAAAAGAUCUUACUGCUGCUGUCAAAAAAGCAACUAAUGGUGGUCCACAUGGUGUUAUUAAUGUCUCUGUUUCUGAAAAAGCUAUUAACCAAUCAGUUGAUUAUGUAAGAACUUUGGGUACUGUUGUGUUGGUUGGUUUACCAGCAGGAGCAAAAGUAUCUGCACCAGUAUUUGACGCCGUUGUUAAAUCAAUUGAAAUUAAAGCAUCCUAUGUUGGUAAUAGAAAAGAUACCCAAGAAGCUGUUGACUUUUUCAAUAGAGGUUUGGUCAAGUGUCCAAUUAAAAUUGCUGGAUUAAGUGAAUUACCAGAAAUCUUGAAAUUGUUGGAAGAAGGUAAGAUUUUAGGUAGAUACGUUGUCGAUACUUCUAAAUAG